AUGGAAACUAUCGUAAACAUGUUUGUGGAAAUCGCUGUAAAACUUUUGUUGAAAACUUCCGUGGAAGCUAGUAUUAGCGGUAAAGUCGAUAAGAAAACUUCCUUGAAGCUAAAGGAAAGCUGUGUUGGUUUUAUAAAAGGGCUUCGUCAUAUUCAAAAUGUAAUCUCAAAGAUCUCAGCCAAACAUAAUUACAAGGCUGAUGCUAGCAUCAGCUUACGUGAAUCGAAUAAGAUUGGUGCUGCUAUACUAUAUUUCAGGAGUUCGAUCACUGAUUUCAUGGAUCUAGUUAACGAUUUUGAGGAACAGAAGCUGAAGAAAGUUGCUCAUCAUGCAAGAACACUUGAAGAAGGAAGAGAAUUAACCGAAGAAAAAGCAGGGAACAACACCACUGAAAAAGUCAACGGUUCGGACCAAAGUAAGUAUGGAAAGUAUUUCCAGUUCUUUGGUUCUUUCCUAGAAGAAGGUAAGCAACACGGAAGAGAGUUAACCGAAGAACAAACAGGUGGAAAAAUCAACAAUUUGUAUGAGAAAUUUGCUAAAUAUAUCCCUUACCUCAAUGGUAAAGAUCAUGGAAGAAAACUACUAGAAAAUAAAGCAGGAGCGAAUGCCGAAGCUCAGAGCAGUGGAGAAUUUAAAGGUUUAUUCAAAUAUCUCUUCAACUUCAAUGGUGGUGAAAAAGUUCGAAUGGGUGCUGCUAGGCAGAUCAAAGUCGCCGGAAAAAAUUGA